AUGGCAGAAGACAAAACGAACCCCCAAUUCACCCUCUACACCCAUCACACCUGCCCCGCCGCCUUCAAAGUAGCCCACAUCCUCAGCCUCCUCCACCUAACCUACAAACCAAUCUACAUAACAAUAACUAAAACCACAAAAGACCAAAAGGAACCUUGGUUCCUAUCCCUAAACCCCAACGGCCGCCUCCCCGUCCUAAUCGACCACCACCACUCCAACCACAUCAUCUGGGAAUCUGCCUCCAUAAUAACCUACCUCCUCACCCUCUACGACCCCCUCUUCACCCUACACCCCAGUUCCCCCUUCCUCCAAAGCGAAGUCAACUCCUGGGUCGCGCUCCAAGUAUCUGGACAAGGCCCUACCAUCGGCCAGGCAUUCUGGUUCGGGUACUGGCACUCCGAGAUCCUCCCCUCAGCGUACAACCGCUACGUCGAGGAAACUAAGCGGAUCUUAGGGGUUCUUGAAGGGAGAUUGGAGGGCAGGGAGUGGUUGGUGGGAAAUAAGAUGAGUGUCGCGGAUGUGGGCUUUUUGGCGUGGUAUGAGGAGGCGUUUAUGGUGGAUAUUGAGAUCGAGAGGGAGUUUCCGAGGUGUUGGGGGUGGAUUGGGAGGAUGAAGGUUGUGCCUGAGAUUGUGGAGGGGAGCGUGGGGAGGGAGAUGAUUGCGCCGAGGAAGUUGUGGGAGAGGGGUGUUGAGGAAUAG